AGGAUUUGGAAAGAAAACAUGGACUUUUUGUGGAACUCCAGAAUACGUAGCCCCAGAGAUCAUUCUGAACAAAGGUCAUGAUAUUUCAGCAGACUACUGGUCACUGGGAAUCUUAAUGUAUGAACUUUUGACUGGCAGGUGGUUUGAAGGCUUUAACUGGGAAGGUUUAAGAAAAGGUACAUUGACACCUCCUAUUGUACCAAGUGUUGCAUCUCCGACCGAUACAAGCAAUUUUGAUAGCUUCCCUGAGGACAACGAUGAACCACCACCUGAUGACAACUCAGGAUGGGACAUAGACUUUUAAUUGUUUUUUCUCUUACCUGCUUCUGCCUUGCUGAAGACAGCUUCCUGAGACAUGGCUGCCAGCAGACCUGAAAGAUUUGGGAAGGAUUCAUGCUCGGGGUCACCAUGAUGCCUUGAUUGAUGCUGCUACAGUAAUUACAGUGGCAUUAGGACUUCUUGUUUAGAUGACAAUAGUGCUCUUCACAUGUUUUCUGUUUGAAUUUAACACAGCAGUUGACAUGGUGGUCCUGAAGCAAAACUUUUUUUCAUUGAUGAUUUACAUGUGUUUUCUAUCAUGGUACCGAACAUGCUAUUGCCUCCAUUACGAUUUGAAAGUUCGUAGAAUAAGAUGCACAUAAUUCUAGCUGUUAAGUUCAUUUCUCUUUAUUGAUAAAUAUAUUCCAAGCUGUUUUAAGUGCUGUAGCCGAUUCUAUGCUUGUAGAAUCAAUGGUUACAGUAACUGGGGUACCCCCCCAAACUGCAGGUUGAGUGCAUUGAGCCUCUUAAAGAAGGCCAGUGUGUUAAACUAAGGAGGACCAGAAAAAAAAAAUGGAGCUCGUGUCAAAGCAGUGCUAUAAUUUGUCUUUCUUUUCAAGCAGUACACAAGACAAGAAUGAAUGUUACCUUUCUUCAUUUUUAGUUCUGAUCACGCUUUUCUUCCCUACUGAUAACCAGAAGCACAACUGCUACACUUCCUGUGAAACUGUUAAGCAAAUGUGGGUCAGUCAAUCCUCCAGUCCCAUGUCUUGAGAAUUUACUUUUUAUUGUUUCUUUUGGGGAUUACGGAUACGUAAGAGCAUGUGGGGGGGAAAAAAUUAUUCGUUUUACGUAUAUGCUAUAACCAUCUUUUAAAAGAAAAAAAGGAAGAAUGCUUAUUCAGAGGUCCUAAAAAUGAGAUAUUAACCAACUGUAAAUAUUAGGCCUUUUUAGUUGCUCUAAAAUAACUAUCACAUUGAGAGCCCCCCGAAGUUGCAAAAUCCACUGCAUUAUUAUAUAGGUGCUAUGUAGAUCUUUCAUCUGUGAAAGAAAACAAACUUCCACACUCAUUUUUCAGAAGAAAAAAAAAGAUGUAGCAAGAAAUUUCACUGUCAGUUAGAACUGUAUGAGUGGGUGUAUUCCUAUGCACACUUAUACGUGGGUGAUAUAUGUAUAUAUACAUAUUUUUAAUGCUACUGUGCAGUACUGCCCUCAUUUUCUUUUCUUUUCUAUUUUUCCAGAUCCCACAAGUAUUUUAUUUAUUUUCCCCAAAGAUAAUUAGUUCAUCUUUCCUUGUAAAAUAUAACUCCUACAGAUCAGCCUACAGACAUGGAACAAUGUAAUUGAAAUGGGAUACUUCGAUAUGCCUUUCCUUUCAAAAGGAGGAUUAAAUUCACUUUUAAAUGUGUCCCGUUGAAGUGGACAAGUCUUUAAAUGGGUCCAUCUGAAUGAUGAAUUACAUCUACCAGUUAUGAAUCUUUUAAUGGUCAGUGCUACAGACUAAUUUGUCCAUGCUUGUUAGGAGAAUCCAACAUGUUCAGAGGACAGAAAUGUCAGAAAGGCUAUUAUAGAUAACAAUUUUCGAGGCAAUUCCAGCAAUGACUUCCAUGUAUCAGUAUAACUUUGUUAGCAUUUCUCAAUACGCUGCUGAAGUAGUCUUGCAUCUGUGACAGUUUCUUAAAUUAGUUCCACGAAGAGAUAACCAACAGCCACAUUUAUAGAAUGUCAAUUUCCUUUGGAAUUCUCUCCAGAUUUCUCUGAAUCCAUAAAUAAAUUUAUACCUCUAGUUUUGUCACCAUGCAUUAAUUUAGUUUGCUUCCCAUUAUCUUUUCCCCAUUGCCUAAUACCAUUCUGUUUACUUACUUCGCCCUAUUCAGCAUCUCAAAUCCUAUUAAUGAGGACCAGAUUCAGACCACGUUAUUAUCUUAUAUAGGCUAUAAUGCUAUUGCAUUUUACUGGAAAUGAAUUCCACUGAUGGUCACAUCCGAUUAGACAUAUGCAAGUUUAUAUUUUUCUUUUACUCUGAAAUUUAUGAAAUAUGAAUUAUGACUAGCUUGCGCCAUUAAUUUCAUUAUUUUAAUUAUUUAACAAUGCAUUUCAUUAUUUUAGUUAUAUUAUAAGCAUGUGCUUAUGCAGAAGUAAGACCCUACUUUGUUCAACAGAACAUAUUCUGAAAUAGGUAUCUAUAGGGUUGUUAUCUUAGUCUGGAUCUAAUCCAGUUUGCAUAACUUAGAAUUUCCCUGUCGUUGGACAGGGCUAUAAAAUGAACUUGAAGCGAAACACUGGCUGUUCCAUACAUUGCACUGGAUUAGCAUUAUAUCUAAAAUUGUCAAAGUUAGUUUUCCUCAUAAUUGAUGCUUUAGAGAUUAGCGCCAAAACAUCCAGAAAUGAAUGGCUACUUCCAAUUAUCACCAAUGAUUCAAUGAAAAAAGUCCUCUAGGCUAAUACAUUAGAAAACAAUAUAUGAGUUUGAAGGAUUAAAAAAAACCCGAAGAGACGAUAAUCUCUUUGUAAUAUUUUCACAUAUUUUAUACAAACUUGUGGCUUAUUUUUAAGAUAUUUAGGGGAGGGGGGUUGGUGGGGGGGAUACUGUUUGUCUGUUCCUACUGAUGGCUUCCACCAAAAAUAAUAAUAAAGAACCAGCAUCAAACCAGGACUGGUACGAUAUAAUAAAACAGUCCUGGAAAUAGCACUCUGCUUCCAAUAGACAUAGGAUCAGGGGGUAGGAAUCUUUGACGUGGCAUUUAACAUCCAAUCACAUGUACAUCUAUCAGCCUUACUGAAAUGAGUCAAGCUUCCAAACCUUAGUAAAGGUAAAUCUUUUUAAUUGACUUAGUUACUGAGAAGAGCAAGCAAUAGGCCAUUGUAAUUUUCUGAUAUAUGUGUGUAUGUGUGUGUGUGUGUGUGUGUACGUACAUACAUACGCAUAAAUACACACACAUGUGUGUGUACG